GUGUUUUAGGUGGCUGUGAGGAAGGCUUGGUCGCUGGAGGUCGCUGCUGUAGCGGAGUGUGUGUGUGUGUGUCUGUGUGUGUGUGUGUGUGUGUGUGUGUGUGUGUGUGUGUGUGUGUGUGUGUGUGUGUGUGUGUGUGUGUGUGUGUGUGUGUGUGUGUGUGUGUGUGAGAGAGAGAGCUGAAGAGCGCCGCGGCUCCCAUUCACUCAGACCUGCGUGUUUGAGGAACAUCACAGAAAGUUUAGUUGGAAAGUGGAUUCAGGGAACCCGGGCUCCUCGGGGACGCGGGACAUAAACGCGCGACGAAGCUAAAGAAGAAUGGACGAUUUAGACGCGUUACUGGCGGACCUAGAGUCCUCCACCGCUCACAUCCCCAAGUGUCCAGUGUUCCUGCCGGAGGAGACGCCCUACUCGCUCCCCAGCGGCGGCAGUCUUCUCCAGGAUGACCCUGCUCCUCCUCCCCUGCCCCCUCCACCCUCUUCUGAGGCUCUGAACGGAUCUCUCCAGAACCGACCCGACUCUCACCACUCCUCACAGCAGUCUCUUGGCUCUGUCCAAAAAAGUACAUUAUCUCGGGACAGCAGUAGCCCUCCACUCUCUCAUACUGAAGACGACCACGUCUACAGUUUCCCCAACAAGCAGAAGACAUCCGACUCUUCUGCAGCCAUGAGCUCUGCACUGGGCAGCAACCUGUCUGAGCUGGACCGCCUCCUGUUGGAACUCAACGCUGUCCAGCAGAACACGCCUUCCUUCCCCAGCACAGAAGAUGCAGCCCCUCCUCUUCCUCCCUGUAGUUCUGCACAUUAUAUCCAGGAAAACGGAGCCCACCCAGGCAUUACACUGACCCCAGCCACCAAGGAAAAGCCUCAGAGAAAUGGAACCAAGGGUCCGGAGGAAGGGCGGCCCACGGUGGAGAGCCUGCUGAACGAGCUGGAGUGCUCCAUACCCACCCCUACGCCUACACCCGCUCUCCUGCAAGUCGAUGCGCCCACCGAGCAGCAGGGUCGAAUGUCGGCCACCUCAGCUACGCGAGAGCUGGAUGAGCUCAUGGCCUGCUUGUCUGAUUUCAAGGUGCAGAGCAAUCCAAGUUCUUUGGGUUCUCUGAAUUCUGAGCCUCUGUUUGAUCAGUCCGCCAACUUCUCUACCGUUGUGGAAAUUCAUUCUCCUCCUGCCACAGUUGCCCCUGUUGUAGUUUCCCCGACGCCCAUUCUCCCAGCUAAACCAGCUAGCUACUCCCCGCUGUCCUCACCUCCAAUGUCCUUUGAGCUUCACAUAGUGGAAGAUUCAAGUGAAUCAGGAACUACAGUAUCAAGAAGUGCCCCAAAAUCUACCCCAUCUUCCCUCCUGUCGACCCCUUCAGCUUUUACGCAAGCUAGCAGUCGGUACUCCCCUGUGACAAACCCAAACACUGAUUCUGACAGGGUCAUUGAUGUUUCUGCCUCCACCAUGAGCGCCGAGCUGGACUCGCUUGUUGUUCUGUCCCAAACCAUCACCACCACCAAUGUGUCCAUCACUAGCUCAAGUGUAGGGACUGUUCCAGGAUCUCCUUUGUCUUUUUCAUCGGUUACUAAAUCUCCUAGUCCCUUAACUCUCACUGGCAGUAGGAAGACUCUAGAUCGCUCUAGUCCUCUGGUUACCCAAGCUUCUAACGGUCUCUAUACUCACAUACCUUCUCCUGAACCCCAACUUUCUUAUCCAUCCAACAUUUCUGUACCUAUAAGUGAACCUGCUUUUAUACCGUCGUCUCCAAAACCUGACUCCCCUCGACGCCCAACGCCUCCAAAAAGCUUGUCUCCUCUCCCCUCCUUGUCCAUACCCAAGACGUCCAGCCCUAAACCACCUCCUGCUGCCCAACCUGACCUCAACCCAAUCUCUGUUUCACCAAGACCCCCUCCACCAACUGGAUUUGAAGCUCCAGAGCAGGAACCAUCUCUGGAAGAUGCUUUGGACAAUCUCUUGUCUAUGAGCUUCAACAAGCCUGGGGGUGAGAUUCCUCGCGUGGUUCCCAAAGUGAUCCCGACUGCUCGGCACGAGGUGUUUGAGGAGGCGAUCAUGGCGGCGGAUCGAAGGGUGAUGCAGCCGGACACGCAUACGGAAAGUGAGGCGGGAGACGGGCUUCUGGAGGACCAGUCGGACUGCAGGAGCGAUCUGCUCGACUGGGCAGACAUGGAACUGAAACUACCCUACGAUGGAGCAGAUGGUUCUAUGACCCCUAUGACUGAGGCCAGCUGGAUGGAUGAGUCUCUUACCCCGUCCUCCUGUCCUGGUACUCCCGAUGCCCAGAUGGACCUACCCAUACUGCACUCUGCCAGCCCGAUGGACAGGAUUUCGGCAUCUGGACAUCUCAAGUCUGUGAUCAGACGCACCAAGGAAACCCCCAACGUACACCCUAUGUACCGGGACGGCCUUAUCCGCAGGAAGAUGGGCCCACUCAUCUUCCACAAGAGUAGCUCACAAGAUCGGCUUAUUGAGGAACUGCAGGGCAAGCUGGGAAUUGCUCGCAAGGAGCGUCUCAAGAAACAGCCAGACGAUUGGAUGACCGAGGGGGUCAUCGUCAUGUCGAACCCCAAGCGCUCUCGAGAAGACCACAGCAAGGAGGUUGAUAAGAUCAUCAUUCCCCCAGAAUCUCCUCUUCCUCAGAGGAAGGUGAUCCUUCCUCCUCCGUCUCCCCCAGCCCCUCGACCCCCUCCUCCCGUCGAGGAGCCGAAACGUCCCCCUGUGGUGAAAGCAGCUCCGGCUCCACCUCCCCCUCCUCCAGCCCCAUCUCCACCUCCCAGGGAGCCGACACCUCCGCCCAAGCCCCCUGUAGAACCUCCAGCCCCGGUCAAGCCCCCCACACCCGAGCCUGUACCGCCCCCACCUCCUGCCCCUAAGCCCGCACCCACACCCCCUCCUCUUGUUCAGCCUCCCCCAGCUUCCCCGGUUAUCCCUCCCAAAGUGCUGGUGUCUGUGGGUUGCCAGACGGAGUACGACCCCCUCUUCCCCCCGAUGCAGAUCAUGGCGCAGGGUAAGCCUCCACACACCCAGGUGAAUAAACUGGACAACAUGUUGGGCAGCCUGCAGUCUGACCUGCACAAGCUGGGCGUGCAGACUGUGGCUAAAGGAGUGUGCGGAGCUUGCUGCAAACCGAUUGUUGGGCAGGUGGUAACAGCCAUGGGCCGCACAUGGCACCCGGAGCACUUUGUGUGCACGCACUGCCAGGAGGAGAUCGGUUCUAGAAACUUCUUUGAACGUGACGGACAGCCGUACUGUGAGAGGGACUAUCACCACCUCUUCUCUCCUCGGUGCUACUACUGCAACGGCCCCAUUCUGGAUAAAGUAGUGACUGCUCUGGACAGGACAUGGCAUCCUGAACAUUUCUUCUGUGCUCAGUGCGGUGCGUUCUUCGGCCCUGAGGGUUUCCAUGAGAAAGACGGGAAGGCGUACUGUCGUAAGGAUUAUUUUGACCUGUUUGCUCCUAAGUGUGGAGGCUGCGCCCGAGCCAUCCUGGAGAAUUACAUCUCUGCCCUGAACAGCCUCUGGCAUCCUGAGUGCUUUGUUUGCAGAGAGUGUUUCACACCCUUCGUGAACGGCAGCUUCUUCGAGCAUGACGGGCAGCCGUACUGCGAGGUGCACUACCACGAGCGGCGCGGCUCGCUGUGCUCCGGCUGCCAGAAGCCGAUCACCGGCCGCUGCAUCACAGCCAUGGGCAAGAAGUUCCACCCAGAGCAUUUCGUCUGUGCCUUCUGCCUCAAGCAGCUCAACAAGGGCACCUUCAAGGAGCAGAACGACAAGCCUUACUGCCACGGCUGCUUCGUCAAACUCUUCAGCUAGACUGACCGGAGAGAGUGUGUGUGUGUCUGUCUCUUUGUCUGUCUGUAUGUCUGGUGCCUGUUGGAAAAGCAGUACAAGGCAUUUUUGUUGGGUAGCACUCUAUUCAGUGCACCUCUGAGUGUGUGUAAGUGUGUGUGAGAGUGUGGUGAAAGCUUGUGUAGGAGGAAGAAAGGUGAGGAGGAAGAAAGAAAGAGGUUAGAAGCUGUUAGGAUAGAUGUUCUGCUCACUGGUUGAGUCUGAAAGAAACCGUUUUAAGAAUGUGGCUUCAGAUCAGUUCUGUUUGGAUCAGCUCGGUUAAUUUUGGAUCAGCUGAUCUGAGAAAGUCUUUUAACUAUGAAACACUGCUCUGUGGAGCGGGUGAGACGAUGAUGAUGAUGACUAUGAUGAUGAUGAUGAUGUAGUGAGGAUCGUGCCAUGGUGGCAAAAUGUGAUCACUGUUUGCAACGGUUGGGCGGCGAGUCGAUUCGUUGCGACGAGAAAUCUAAUCAGUUUAUAUUACAGUGCUCAGUGCCUUGUUUUCUAUCAGAAAUUAAUGGAAAUAUGAGAAAUAUACCAAAAAAUUAUUCUUUAGUAACAGAUUAUGUACAUUUCUAUGGAGAAUGAUAUCUUUGUGUAUGUUUGCCAACAAAUACCAGCCUGUUUUAAAAUAAAAAUAAAUCAUGUUGGCCUACAUGAGGUGGACAGGAGAGACAGGAAGUGUGGUAAUAAGCCUUACGUCCACCCUAACGUAUUUUUAUUUUCUUUUUUUUUUUUUUUUUAUGAUAUGCACGUUGUUGGAGUAGACUGAGACUCCAGUAGGCGUGGAGUUAAUCCUACUGUUUAUCAGAAAAAGAGAGAUGUCGUCGAGGCUGUUCAUUUUCAUAUUCAGGGGAGCAUAUGCACAUUAUUGAGCGAACUAUAUUGACCUUAACGCGUUUGGCUGUGUUACCGGUGAAAUCUGCCAAAUAACAUCUCAGUUACGUUUUACUGUACUUCUGUACUGCCUAUUCUUAUUACUCUCAACAUUUCAAUAACCACUGAUUUCUUUUUUUUUUUUUUUUUUAAGUCCUCCUCGAGUGAACUGUAGAUGAGACACUGAGUGUGUUUACAUGCUUAUUUAUAAUCUGAUAUCUUCAGUUUAUAUCUGAUUAUUACAGCAGACAUGUACAGAGCUUACUCUGAUAACUCUUACUUAUAUUUUGUCAAAUCUUUCCCCAAUCUUAAGUAAAGAGACCUGGGUUUCUAAGAAAACUCUGGAAAAACUUGUAACCAAAGUAUUCUCAGUAUACACAAAUUAGUGAAACUUGGGGACCUAAAUUAAACACUGCAUCUUUUGCACUAUUAAAUCCUUUAAUUUUCCCCAAAAUUGUCAGUGCAUUUUAUAAUCCGGUGCUCCUUAUGUAUGAAUUCUACCAAUCAGGUAUUAAGGAGCAGUAAAGCCACUCCACUGAAGUACAGAGUUAUACAGGAGUUACAGUGAAGUUUCUCCAGCACCAAGACUGGAGCAGCAUUAGCAUUAGCCUCUAACCACUGUUUCCCUGUUCAGAGGUAAGCAUUAUCAGCCUGUGGCCUGAAGUUUCUCCAGCACUGCUGGAGCAGCAUUAGCAUUAGCCACUAAUUAGCCACUUUCACCGUUCAGAGGUGAGUAUUUCAGACUGUAGUCUGCGUGUUUACCAUGUUAAAAUAAGCUACAUUAGACAAACCGCUUGCUAAUAUUGCCAUAGCUUACCAGAACACUCAGGGUUCCUCAGUGUAAUGCUGUCGACAGCAUUAGCAGCUAACCGCAGCUAACCUUAGUAUAAAUCUGGAAAUCUAAGCUUACUGUAAAUAAACAGAAGCGCUUUACUCACACAAAUAAACAGUUUUCAGGAGAGAAAUCUGUGUAGAUUAACAUCCAGCGCUUGUUUGACUUUAAGUAAAUAUUUUUUUGCUUUAAGAAUUACAGUUUUGUUAGCUUAGCUUACCUUUACAGGUUUCACCACCCAGCGGCGAGAUCUGCUGAAUUAGAAGGAAAACAUGGUGACACCCCUGUUCCUUACUACUGUCACAUAAUGCAACUUAUAGUGCGAGGAAAAAAAAAACAGUAAUAUUAAUCUUUUAAUUGAUGUACAUUAUCAUAUUAUUACCCAGGUUCAAUAUAAAAUACUUUAAUUUGAUCAGAUUAGCGACAAUCUCUGAUAUUCUGUAGUAAUCAGAUUAUUAUAAAGUUAAUGUAAACGCAUUCAGUGUCCUAAAGCAGCUGUGACAAUGUGCAGUUUUUAGCCCUUCGACACAGCGUAUGAUUUCAGAUACGAAUCUGAGAGGAUUUCUCUCAAGUUUUGGCAAUAUUGAUAACUGCUGUAUUGUUGUUUUAUGAUUUAUUCUAAUGUAUUUUCCUACCUUUUUUUUGUUUUUCUUUUUUUUUUUUGCAUGAAAGUCUUAAAUGUCACUCCAGUAUUUUAAAUAACUAGUCAUAAAGAGUGAGGGUUAUAAUGAUGCCAAUGGUUUUUGAAACGUAGCCCCACUCUAAAGUCCCUCCUUAUAAUAAAUAAUGCUGGUGUGAAAGAGCUGGUUGCUUGUCCAGAAUUUCAGUGACCCUGUAUGGAGUAUUAUUAUUAUUAUUAUUAUUAUUAUUAUUAUUAUUAUUAUUAUUAUUAUUAUAUAUUGCAUCAGAUGAAAGAUCGCAUGUGAGACGUUACCGACAGCUCUUUAUCUUUUAUUUUAUUUUAUUUUUUUCUUCUCAUAACCAUUGAGAUUAUUGUUGUUGAUUCUCAAUGAUGUUUGAUAAUGAAAAGAUCUCUUCAUGACUGAUAUGAGGACUCUACUCUGAUUUUCAGCCUAAUUUCUGUUUUCUCUAAUUAAUAAAAUAUAUAAUGAUGCCACUUUUAAUAGAGAUGCUGUGAUAAUUCAGAGAUCUGUCCUCUUUCUCGCUGUUCUUCUCGCUCAGACCUCUUCGUGCCAAAAGGAGGACUCACUCGAUGGUCCUGAUGGGGUGGAUUUGCUGGCUAAACGACUUCACAUCUGCCUCAGAACCCAUUUAUGGUUUUUAACACUGGUUUUUAUUUUUAUCUCCCCUUUUUUUUUUUUCUUUCGUGAUGAGGGCUUCAGUAUUUCUCUCCUCUCUGUUUGUUUAAUUUAUACUGUUCCAGUCUAUUUUAGUGGGCCUUCAUAUAAUAAUCUGUUUUUAUUUACCCAAUGUGAACAUUUGCUAUGUUAAAUUUUCCGUUCGUUUGUUUUCCAUAACACUGUCACACUUUUUUUUGUCGUUCUGUGAGUUGUGGUAACUGACUGAGUUCAUACCAUUAUAUAAAUAUAUCAAUAAAAUGCUUUGGUGUUUUCAUGCACUUUGUUUCA